CAUUUGAAGUAGGAGGCAUCAUCUAUCCAGUCGCCAUUAAGUAUGAUCCGAGGUUUGGCGAUGCUUUUUGGAACUCCUCUCGGGACUCAAUGGUAAGCUAUAUCUACAUGAUGAUGACGUCCUGGGCUAUUGUAUGUGAUGUUUGGUACCUUCCACCAAUGACAAGAAAGGAUGGAGAAAGCUCAAUUGAAUUUGCCAAUCGUGUGAAAGCAGAAAUUGCACGUCAGGGCGGACUUGUUGAUCUCGUUUGGGAUGGAGGGCUGAAACGCUCUGCUCCCAAGAAGGAGUGGAAGGAGCAAUACCAGCAGGAAUUCUCAAGGCGUCUUAAGGUUCAAAACGUCAAUACUGUAAAGAAAGAAGAGAAGACGGAAUGACUAGAGGAAGAAUUAGAAAGAAAGAAGGUCACUUAAAACAUGGUGGGUGGGUGAGAGAGAAGGAUGUAAUGGCAUGGGGAGAAAAGGUAGGGGAGAAACAAGAUCAAAGAUAGGAAUGGAGGAAUGAGAGAAUCAGGGUUGGUGUAACAGUGACUGGCGUCCAAUGUGUUUCACGCCAGGUGCUAACUGCACUCGUGAUCGCUCGUACUUACAGGUUCCUUUUUUUCUUGAUGAAGAGAGCAGUGAGAGGAAAGAGAAAAGUCAAUUGCUUUUGUGAUUGGAAGUCAGUGAGGGAUAUAUCAGGUUUCUGUAUGUAUUUUUUGUUUGGUUGUUGGAGGAGGAAAAGGAGUUGUAUCACUAGUGGUGAUACUACUCCUAGUAGAAUUUGUGGCAGAUGAAAGACGUGUUAUCUGCUCUCUGUCAGGUAUAUUACAUUUAGGUGUUUUAAUACUCAAAUAUGAAUGUCAUGCAUUUUUAGAGCCGUGAACUUUUUUGUUAUAUAGAAUGGUCUUGUUACAGAGUGAUUGCAAAGAAUAAUCACAAGCUAAAUUAUUGAUCGUGUUGGAAAUGUCAAGUAUUGAUUUGAUAUUUAGUUCUCAUCAUGCUUGUGUAGGAUAUUGGCACAAAUAACACUGGAAGAUGACUAUAAAGUUGCAAGUAUUCAGUAUUCUGUCUUUCAUGGCAGAUGUUUGGUAUGUCAGAAAAAUAAGAGAUAUGUAAUUUGGGGGUCUGGAAUGAGACCAGUCAGUAGGAUAAGAUUUAGUUCUUGUUCACCCUUGCCAAGAGGAAGAAAUGCAACAUAUAAGCAUUGAUUGGUUGGUUGAUCUUACUAAAGUACAGACUCCAUGGGAGUUUAUACUUUGUUGUAAUUAUUCUUCAUCACUGUGUUAUUCUUUUGUCCUUUUCCCUUGAUGGAGGGUCAAAGACUAGAUGAUUUCAGAUGCUUUUGUUGUAUCCUGGAAUUGCUCUUUUGUUAAAGGUGCAUAGGUGGUGAUUUGCUACAUAUGGUAAUACCAUCAGGACCAAUAAAUAGUAUCACCUAAGUAGCAUGUUUGAGGGUAUUUUGAAAAGGUUGUCCAAGUCUCAGUUAUGGUGUGUCUUCAUUUUUUUCUGGUGUGUUUAUGUAUGUGUGCGCGCAUGUUCACAUGUGAUUGCAUUUGUAAAUUAUGUCAUAAAAGAAUUGUCCACUUAAUA